AUGGGGUGCUUUAAAUUACCCUUAGAGCUUUGUGAUGAUAUUGAGGCAAUGAUAAAGAAUUUUUGGUGGGGGCAAAGGGGAAAUAGAAGAAAGAUUCAUUGGAUCCAGUGGAGUGAAUUGAAUAAGUCCAAAAUGGUAGGUGGUAUGGGCUUUCGCGAUUUGGCUCACUUUAACGACGCUCUUUUGGUGAAGCAAGCAUGGUGGCUUUUGCAUAAUAAGGAAACCCUCUUCUAUAAAGUCUUCAAGGCAAAGUUCUUCCCAAAUCGCUCCCUCCUAGAAGCUAAGGAAUUAAGUUCAGGUUCCUACGCUUAG